CACACUUUUAUCCUCUCUAAUUGCCUUGCUCAAGUCUAUUCUACUCAACUCAUUCAUUUUCUUUUACACGCCUCAAUCAUGGCCGGAGGAAAGUCCAAGAGCAAGGCCUCCAAGAAGAAGACCGUCGCCGAGGCCACGAGCUCUGCGCCUCAACCCUUCCCGUACCUGGACGGAUCCUUCUUGGAGUUCGGAUCGGAAGAGGAACUCACACGCUUCAUCACCCACUUCGCCAAACGCCGCAUCUCUCCGCCAAGGGUGCUGCCCGAGUUGUUUCCUCAGCAGAAGGGAUACCACGACCUCGACGAUCAACUGAAGGAGUCGGGUCUAUGGCCCUUCGUCUCCAAGAGCCGCACCUCGUUCAAUCCCGCCUAUGUCCGGGCCUUCUACUCCAAUCUCCACCGGGACGGGGAUACCAUCCGCAGUAGCAUCAAUCUCAAUGACAUAGAGUUUGACUUGGCUACUUUUGCUCGGGUUGCAGGGCUGCCCACCCGCGGUGACGACAUCGCAACAUAUGGUGGCGAUGAUUGGAUUCUCAACAACGAGGCGGUGGUCAUCCAAGAGCUUGGAAUCACCAACCUCAUCCGUCACAGCGGCGCACCAACCAUCCACUCAGCCCCGCCGGAAAAGCGUCUCCUACUCUACAUCCUCACCCAAAUUCUUUGCCCCCGGGACAGUAGCCACACCUCUCUCUCCAACGAGGAUCUCAAGGCGGUUCAUGCUAUCAUCCAUGGCGCCUCGAUCAAUUGGGCAAAAUACGUCAUGAUUCACAUGGCGGAUUGCGCCUCCAUCACCACCGAGCGGAGCUUGCCAUACGCCUUCCUCGUCAUGGACCUCAUCGUCUCCGCCGACAUCCACAUCGCCGGGCCAAGCACGAAGAUGACGAAGAUUUGGAUCAUCCAAGAUAGCACCUUCCGGAAGAAGUCCGGAGACCAAGACGGCGCAGGACCAAGUCGGGCUCCAGCCCCCGCUCCCGCCAAGGCCUCCUUACAGUCCAUAGCCGAUACCCUGAAUCAGCUAACCAUCACCGUGGACGGCAUGGGCCAAUACUUGGAGCGGAUGGAUAGCACGCUGCAACGCCAACACCACGACAUGAGGGCGUUCUUCCGCGGCAUCAACUACGUCCCGCCGCCCUUUGACAGCACCUUCCUCGGCCAAAACUAUGAAGGCGAGGACGAGGAGGAUAACUCCUAUGCUCCGUCUUCCUCCCCCGACGAGGCCGACUUUGAGGACGCGGUCGACGGGGAUCCCAUGGACCUCGAGGACGACGAGGAUGACGAGAACAAAGACGAUGACGCCGAGGACGAGGACGCCGCUGCCUAGACUCUUCUCUCUCUCCUUUCCCUACUUUGAUUGCAAUUUUUUAUCUAUUUCAAUUCCGUUGUAUUCAGCAUUUUCUCAUCUUUUAAUGAAUAAAAGUUUACUUUUAAUUCCUAAAGUUCACUUUUAAUUCUUUUUGUUAAUGUCAAAAGGGGGAAGAUAUCAAGGUUAUGCAUAAAUUGAGGGGGAAUUU